CUUUUAGCUACAUAUGUCUUAAUAAAGAAAAUAAAAAAAAUUCAUUUUUCAUUUUUAUUAUUAUUAUUAUUAAAUUAUUAAAAUAUUAAUAUUAAUAAUAAUAAUCCCAACUCUGCUUUUGUUAAAUUAAAUUAUUUUAAUGGCAGAAAAACCUGAAUUCAAGAUCCAAGGGGAAUCCAAAUCGAAGAACUGGGUCGAGAAAAGUAGGAGAAGAAGAAGAAGAAGAAGAUGCUGAAGAAGCUAGAAGAACAAACCUCCUGUUCAUCAGAAUUCGACCAUGAAUUUCAUCAAAAGGCUUUCCAAUCUCGAUUGUCGUUACUUUUUCAUACUAAUCCCACCUCUCGCCAUUAUCAUCUUCACCUUCCUCCCCUUGAUUUCACCACAAACUAACCCAUUCUCAUCUUUCGCUCCAUUUCGAUCCUUCCUACUCGGCCAACCCGCGAAUAAUAAUGUCUCCGCCUCCGCCACUCCUUUCUCAAUCUACUCACCGCCGCGAAACGAGACGGAGGAGACUCGGCGGUGGAGGACGAAGAAAGAGGAGUUGCUUAGAUCGAGAGUGGCGGUUUGUUUAGUCGGCGGCGCUAGAAGGUUCGAGCUCACCGGACCAUCUAUCGUAGAGAAGAUUCUGGAAGAGUAUCCGAAUUCUGAUCUUUUUCUUCACAGUCCGUUGGAUCAGAACGCCUUCAAAUUCUCGCUCCUCAAGACCGCGCCGAAGCUCGCCUCGGUUCGAAUCUUCGAGCCCAAACCCAUACCGGAGACGGAGAUUCAAGCUCGAGUUCUCACCGCUCAGAACUCGCCUAAUGGAAUCCAGGGUCUUUUACAGUAUUUCCACCUGGUAGAAGGGUGUCUAACUCUUAUCCAAAACUACCAAAAACGACAAAACUUCACGUACGACUGGAUAAUCCGAACCCGAGUCGAUGGAUACUGGACCGCCCCGCUCCACCCGAUAAACUUCGAACCGGGUCGUUACUUGGUCCCACCCGGCUCAAGCUACGGCGGCCUCAACGACCGCUUCGGCCUCGGAGACCUCAGCACCUCAACCGUCGCUCUCUCCCGUCUCUCCCUCAUACCAAAACUCGACUCGGCCGGGUUACGCCAACUCAACUCGGAGACCUCCUUCAAAGCCCAACUCACCACCCAACGAGUUCCCUACGUCUCCAAACGCCUCCCGUUCUGCGUCGUCUCGGACCGGAAGUACCACUUCCCUCCCAGCGGGUUCGGCGUGCCGGUGACCGCACUGUCGAGUCCCGGUCCGCUUAGCGGAGCCAAGUGCCGGCCGUGCACGGCGGCGUGCCGAGGUGCUUGCGUGGCGGAAGUGAUGCCGAGACUUUACAAGGGGUGGAGCUGGACCGAUUGGGCGAAUGGGACUCUCGAGCUUUGUGACGCUCACGAGGAGUGGGAAAAGGGUUGGGAGAAGAUAUUUGACCGAGUCGCCGGGAAGAAACUCGCCGAAGAAAGGAAAAGAGUUCGGAGUUUGAGUUUGAAGAAGUGCGUCGACGAUUUUGAGGAGAUGAAGAAACGGGCCGCGAUUUGGGAGGCUCCGUCGCCGGAGAAGAUGUGUAAUAUGGGCUUGGAGGCCCAUUGAAGUGUGUUUGGGCUUUGAUUGUAAAUUGGGAACAGUUGUUCUUCUUAUAGAUUUUGUGUUUUUUGGCAGAGAAAAUAGAGAUAGAAAAAAAGGGAAUUUUUCAUGAAUAUGGAUUUUGUGCUAUUAUUGUAUUAUUGUUAAAAAAUAUGAAGAUUAUAUAUAUUUUUUAA